AUGCUUUUACGGUUUCUGCGCUUUCUCAAGGUCACACGCAACCGAGCCACCACAGACAGUCAACCUCGCACUUCCUCAGGCGUACGGACGGGGCAAAACUACCCCCUUCCCGGUAAGAAAACAAAGAAGAAAAAGGCAUUCCCAUAUCAAGCCCAGACUAUGAGUUUCGUUCCUCGCAGUCUACCAGUGGAGCCGCAGGAGAUUGGCAUGAAGCGGCCGCGUACUAGAUGGCAAUCACCCUUUGAAGGCUAUCACGAGUGUUAG